AACUCGCCACAUAUUCUUACGUGACGAAACACUUGUAUUGGAAUCCGUCUGCGUCCCUGCCUUGUUCAUCAGUAUUUUUUUUCCCCAUUUAUCGAGCAUUCUUGCGCUUUUCCGCUAUCAGAACUUGAAUUUUGAGAUACCGAACUGAGCCAUCACAUAGCGGGUGUUCAACGUCAGUUAAUAAUAAAGAAACAAUAAAAAACUAGGAAGUUUGAACUAGUAUGUAGUGUGAAUUCCAGAUUCAGAGCAGUCCGAAGAAUAGAAGAAACCAGCAACACCGUGUUUUAUCAGUAUUUUGAUUAUAGGAAAAGAAGAAACAAUGAAUGCAAGACCGAAGUUAAUCGCCUUUGAUCUGGAUUAUACUCUCUGGCCCUUCUGGGUAGACACACAUGUGACACCUCCCUUUAAAAAGGACAAAAACGGGAAGGUUGUUGAUCGCUGGAAUAAAAAGGUUAAGCCUUAUAAAGAGGCAUCUGAGAUUUUACAGGAGCUUCAUGCAGAAGGCUAUGUCAUAGCUGUUGCAUCAAGGACUGGAGAAAUAAAUGGAGCUAAUCAGCUUCUGAACCUGUAUGACUGGGAUAAAUACAUUACCUAUAAGGAGAUAUACCCUGGCAGCAAAAUUAACCAUUUUGAAAGAAUUAAAGCAAAAUCAAGAAUAGAGUUCAGCGAUAUGCUCUUCUUUGAUGACGAAGCCAGGAACAAAAGGGAUUUGGAUACCAUUGGUGUACUUAUGAUCUUGAUUGAGGAUGGUGUCACCAGGAAUGUGAUCAGAGAAGGACUAGAGGAGUUUGCCCGACUGAGGCAGGACCCAGUCUGAAUCAGCUAAUCACAGCAGCAAUAUCUGAUGUAGUGAAUUUCAUUAUAUAUAUA